UUGAAGUUUGUGGUGGAUUGUUGGCUGCCAUCUUGGACCUCGGUCGUUUGAGAAGCCGGCCGCCCGCAAAAAUCCUCGAGUUUCACGCGUUCGCGCGGCCUCACGUAUUCCUUAAGCAGGUUGCGUGGUUUCACGACGAAUUUAGAGAUCUGCUGCGGUCAAACUAAUCAAGAUUCGGGUCCGGAAUGUAUUAGGUGUAUAUUUGUCCUCGCGCAUUUAUAACUGGGUGAGUGGAAGAGAUAAAUUAACUAGCUUUUGUAAUUUUUCAAUAGACAACAGUGAAAGAAUAGCAAUCCACAAAAUAAAUAGUAGUAGUGAUAUAUCAGAAAAAAUGGCACUACCCAGUAGAGCGCGAGUCUACACAGAUGUGAAUUCACACAAAUCCAGAGAUUACUGGGACUAUGAAUCCUAUGUUGUCGACUGGGGACAACAAGAUGAUUAUCAACUAGUAAGAAAAUUAGGCAGAGGAAAAUAUAGUGAAGUAUUUGAAGCCAUAAAUAUUACAAAUAAUGAAAAAUGUGUUGUAAAAAUUUUAAAGCCUGUAAAAAAGAAGAAAAUAAAAAGGGAGAUUAAAAUCUUAGAAAACCUCAAAGGCGGGACCAACAUAAUUACACUCCAAGCUGUUGUCAAAGAUCCUGUAUCAAGGACACCGGCACUGAUAUUCGAACAUGUGAACAACACAGAUUUCAAGCAAUUAUACCAGACGCUAACAGACUACGACAUAAGAUACUACCUCUACGAAUUAUUAAAAGCAUUGGAUUAUUGCCAUAGUAUGGGAAUAAUGCAUAGGGACGUCAAACCGCACAAUGUUAUGAUAGAUCAUGAAAAUCGAAAGUUACGGUUAAUCGAUUGGGGUCUAGCAGAGUUUUAUCAUCCAGGUCAAGAAUACAAUGUACGAGUAGCUUCGCGUUAUUUUAAAGGUCCAGAAUUACUUGUAGAUUAUCAGAUGUAUGAUUAUUCAUUAGAUAUGUGGUCCCUUGGUUGUAUGCUUGCAAGUAUGAUAUUCAGGAAAGAACCGUUUUUUCACGGACACGAUAAUUAUGACCAACUAGUGAGAAUUGCAAAAGUUCUCGGGACUGAGGAAUUAUUUGAAUAUCUUGAAAAGUACCAUAUUGAAUUGGAUCCUCGUUUCAAUGAUAUUUUAGGUCGACAUUCACGUAAACGCUGGGAACGUUUUAUGCAUUCAGAGAAUCAACAUUUAGUAUCGCACGAAAGUCUUGAUUUCCUUGACAAACUUCUGCGUUAUGAUCAUUACGAAAGACUCACUGCACGCGAAGCUAUGGAACAUCCUUAUUUUUAUCCAAUAGUAAAAGAGCAAGGUCGAUUAAACAUGGUAUCAUCGUCACCUACUCCCAUAACAGGUUCGUUGCCUGUAGGUAUCGAUACUUCGCGCGAGGGGCUUAAUCCCAUCCCUAAGCGUGACUGUGAGCAGCGUACCGGUUCGUGGAAUAAACCGACUGAAAAACGUGGCAGGACAAGUUGGAAAUGGGACUCAGAAAACGAUGAAGUAUUCAUCACAUCAGUUUCACCCAUAACAUACGGUUUACGACUUUUGGUUAGUUACAAACAAAAACCUUUCAUUCCACCCAAACUUGCAAAAUUAAGAAGAAGAAAAGUAUUUUGUAUGAUGGCGGACCACUCUUUAUGUAAAUGGCAAUUAUAUUUUGACGUGGUGUAUAAAGUUCUAUAUUUUAGACAUUCCUUGUUUUUUAUCCUGGGUAUUACUUAAAAGAAUUUACGUUUGCUGUGUCAGAAGCAAUCUAUUAUGUGCGAUUGAGACUUUAAAUGGCACAAAUGAGGAGCAAAUGAUACGUUUCAAAACUACAAUCGAUUCUACUAUAUUGCAAAUAAUUUAGGAACGGAAGAAAGUUUAGAAUAUUAAAACGAAAUCUAUCAAAGUAUGUGCUCUGUCCAUAUUGGCCGGUGUGCAUGUGCCAUUAAUAAUUGUAUGUUGCUUUUCUCUAUUUUUUUAAUCUGUCAUAUCUGUUGUUUUCCUUUGACGCUGCUGCUAAUGUCACGAUCACGGGAAAUUUGUAAAUGCAUAAAGAUGCGAUUAGAUCAUGUUAUGUCACUUCGAAGAUCGUCCGUCAUAAGACAUUAUAACAGAAAAGAUGCAAAACAAAAACUAUAUGUAUUUGCAUCCACACAAGCGCGUACGACACACACAUACACAUAGCACAUACGUGCUUACACUUAACAUGUACCUUAGGCCGCUCGAUUUAGUACUUUUAACGAUGAUAAAAAUGUUCGUUUAUAUCUGAUACAAUGAUAGUUGAAUAAAAUGUUUGUUAUAGCCAAGUACUCUUUGUGCUCUGUGAAUACCUGUAUAUCCAGUAAUAGAUGUUACCAAAGUACUGGUAAAGACUCAAUUGAUCAAAUUUUAAGAACAUGAUAUCCACAUUUCUAUGACCAUUUCGUCGUUUGUAUUUAGAAAGAGUAAGAGAAAAAGAGAGAGAGAGAGAGAGAGAAAAAGAGAACUGUUAAGAUUUUCAAUUUAAUUUUCAUACAUUGAUCAAAACGAGAAUUCACAGGCACCUUAAAACACUUGGCGCCAAUAAAAGCCUACGUACAUGAACAAGACACACGUCGAUGAAUGAAAAAAAGAAACAUUCGUAUUGCUGUACAUUGUGAGCUUAACGCGCUGAUCAAAAACUUAAUGUCAAUAACACCCGCUAAAUCGAUCGAAUUAUUUCGAAUACAGCAUUACCAAUGUGUUUCUUAUUCAAUAUGUUUAUAAAUUGAACAUGUAAUUAUUUAUAUACGACUGUAAGUCAGUUUAUUCUGUACAUUUGAAAAAUUUUCUUUAAGAGGAAGAAAAAGAGAAAGAGAAGAAGAGUGACGUACUUUUAAAGAAUGUAUAGGAAUAGAGCACACUCCACUUGUAAACCAUGUCCUUUCGUAUUAUUUCGAAAGAAUUCGUCAGUUCCUAUACGUAUAAAUUAUGCAUAAAGUACGGUCAAUUCAAUAUAUAUAUAUAUAUAAAAUAAUUUUAUAUAUGCACAUAUAUAUAUAAUACAUGCAUACACAUAUAAAUAUAUACAAGUGUGUGUAUAUGUACAUAUAUAUGUAUGUGUAUAUAUAUAUACAAACACGUAGCAUAUUAUAAAUGCGUACCCUACCAAGCGGAGUGUGGAUUUGAAUUCGAAGAGCGAGGUAUGCUCUCGAGUAUUAUCGGUUAAAGAGUAAUGUUCGCUUCUUAUUCUGAUCACUGCGCCGUUUUUGCCUUAUUAUCAUGUAUUUAAAGAUUUUACAUGUAUAUAUAUAUAUGUAUAUUUUAUUUUUCAAUAAUGCAUAAAAAAUAUAUAUACAUAUAUACGUAACGCAGAUAAGUGAAAAUAAGUGGAAAGAGUAUGUAGACGUAUGAGAUGCAUACUGCGCUAUAAAUGUUAAAGAUGUAAAAAGGAAAUACUUUAUGUACAAGUAUAAAUACAUUUUAUUUAUUCUGCUUAUAACUGUCGUAUUGCUCGAACGCGACAAAUAUCUAAUUUCAAGUCACUUUUACAUGGCAAGAACGGCGCAAAUAUAAUUGUUUGUCCAAAUUUGAUAAUUCUUCCCUGUUCAUACGUUAAGUUUACGAUAAUCUAGUUUAGUUUUAUAGGAAAAAACUAUUGAAUAACUACUAUUUAAAUCUGCAAAUUAACUUAGACAAAAAAAAAAUUAAAAUAAUGAAUUGUCACUAAUGUAAUUAAUAUAUUAUGCUAAAUUUUAACGUUGAUAUUUUAUCUUGCAACAUCAUAAUUUAACACUAUUUUGAGGACAGAAUGUAUUAUUAAACAAAUAUCACUAGGAAAGCCGUUCUACUAUCAUUAUCAUAUAUUAUAGGCCAGUUUAAAAAUUUGUUUUUCCUAUUUUAUUUAAGAACGGCUAUAUCCUGGUAGAAGAAAGUGCACCUAAUAUUUCAAUAUAUACUAAAUGUACAUUCGAAUUUUAUAUUCACUCAUAAUAAUGCCAAAGCGAUAAAGUGAAAUUGUUUACAUACUUCUUCGUUUUCUGUUUCUCUCUUCGGUUCUAAAUUUUUUUUCUAACGCGG